UCAGCCCAAAAGUUACGUAGCAUUACACUAUAAAGGAAAAAGAAAUUAUUAGCAGAGAGAGAAAGAAAGUGUGUGAGAAAAUCUCAAUCGACGUUUAAUCCUUGUCUGCUCUCUCUACCCACCGAAGCGUAUCUGUGUACAAUCUCGUCGGUUCUUGGAGGAGAAAUUGAAAUCUCAUUAUCUAGAGAGAGAAACUGGAGAGAGUGUGUGUGAAAUCUUGCUUAUCUUCGCUUGGAUAUUGUUAUGGUUGAUUAAUCGAUAGCUGGCUUUCUUCAAUGGAGAUUGAUUCAAAUCGCUGAUGAGAUUUUCCUAGUCUCAGAUCGAUUCUGUGGAUGUUUUGAAUUGUGUUUUGUAAUUUUGUUUUUGUCAAUUUGGUAAAAAAAAAAAAAAUGAACAACGGUGGCGUUUCGCAAGGCCUGGCUCAGCCGCUUGAGUGGAGAUUUUCGCAGGUGUUUGGGGAACGGACUGCAGGAGAGGAAGUACAGGAAGAUAUGUAUCGAGAGAUCUAUUUAUGAGGAUUGGAUUUGAUAGAUACUUUGGGUUUUAAAGUGAUGGUAAAUAUGAGUCUACAUUCUUAAAUAUUGUUUGAUAUCAUAUCCGCUAUUGAGUUUGAUGGAACUGGUGACCAUCUUGCUACUGGAGAUCGUGGGGGCAGAGUGGUUUUAUUUGAAAGAACUGACACACGGGAUCAUGGUGGGAACCGGAAGGAUCUAGAGAUGAUGGAUUAUUCAAUCAGCAGACAUCCUGAGUUUCGGUAUAAAACAGAGUUCCAAAGCCAUGAACCCGAGUUUGACUAUUUAAAGAGCUUGGAAAUUGAGGAGAAAAUCAACAAAAUUAGAUGGUGCCAGUCAGCCAAUAGUGCCUUGUAUCUUCUGUCCACUAAUGACAAAACCAUUAAAUUGUGGAAGGUCCAAGAAAAGAAAGUCAAGAAAGUAUGUGAUUUUAAUGUAUACCCUGACAAAGCUGUGGCAAAUGGUCCAGUAGUAGGUUCAAGUAUGUCAACAGUCCCCAAACCUUGUAUUGCUAAUGGGGUAUAUAGAGACAGACCCUUUGGUUCUUCAGGCAAUGACUUUUCAUUUCCGCCUGCGGGUGUUUCAUUUCCGCCUGCGGGUGUUUCAUCUCUACACUUGCCUGUGGUAGUUACCAGUCAGGAAACAAGCCUUGUGGCUGGAUGUCGAAGAAUAUACACCCAUGCCCAUGAUUAUCAUAUUAACUCUAUUUCAAAUAACAGUGAUUGUGAAACUUUUAUAUCAGCCGAUGACCUGCGAAUAAAUCUCUGGAACUUGGAGAUUAGUAACCAAAGUUUUAAUAUUGUAGAUGUGAAACCUGCGAACAUGGAGGAUCUUACAGAGGUGAUAACUUCUGCGGAAUUUCAUCCCACUCAUUGUAAUAUGUUAGCAUAUAGUAGUUCAAAAGGAUCAAUUCGUCUUAUUGAUAUGCGCCAGUCAGCUUUAUGUGAUACUCAUAGCAAAUUGUUUGAGGAGCAGGAAGCUCCUGGUUCAAGAUCUUUUUUCACAGAGAUAAUAGCCUCAAUCUCAGAUAUUAAGUUUGCUAAGGAUGGAAAACAUAUACUAAGUCGUGACUACAUGACUCUUAAGUUGUGGGACAUAACUAUGGAUUCGGGUCCUGUUGCUACUUUCCCAGUUCAUGAAUAUCUUAGACCUAAGCUCUGUGAUUUAUAUGAAAAUGAUUCUAUCUUCGACAAAUUUGAGUGUUGUAUUAGUGGAGAUGGACUUCGAGUGGCUACUGGUUCCUACAGCAAUCUGUUUCGUAUGUUUGGUUGUUCUGAAGGCAGCACAGAAGCAACAACUUUGGAAGCCAGCAAAAAUCCCAUGAGGAGACAAAUUCAAACUCCAUCAAGGCCAACUAGACCUCUGGGUUCUCUUUCUGGUGUUGUCAGGAGGGUAAAAGGUGCAGAUAACUCUGGAGUAGAUGCAAACGGAAACGCUUAUGAUUUCAGCAUGAAGUUGUUACACUUAGCCUGGCAUCCAUCUGAAAACUCAAUUGCCUGUGCUGCUUCAAACAGCCUUUACAUGUAUUAUGCGUAAGGUUGGUCCGGGAGGAGAUGAUGAUGGCAAAGACUUUUGCGGUUGCUUUCGGUGAAACUGUUUGAUUUUCUUCCUGGACUGGUGGUGUAAGUUGCCCACAACAUCAAACUUCUGGUUUCUGGCAAUAUAUUAUAAUUUAAAUCAUAUCAUUCAACACCAGAGAUGAAUUAGAGAGAAAAGUUUAAAACUUCUACUUGCAGGAAGGCUAUACCCACUGAUUUAUAUUCUUUUUGUAAGGAAAAAUAGAAGAAUUGUCCUUGGGGAAGGAGUUGUUAUUGUGCAUCAAUUCUCAUUGGUAUCAUGGGCGUCAAUCUUGUAUCAUUUCUAUUUUAUAGCCAUUAUUGUUAUUUAAAUUCUAACCAUUUUUUUUCCUCUUA